AUGAUAAUAGUGUCUGGCAAUGUGACUCUAUUCGAUUCGAUUCAUCAAACGCUGGAUUCUGGUGAAACUUGGCAAGAGUGUAUGGCCGUGUGUCUGCACGAUGCGGCGUGUGUGGUAAGUGAAGAGGUUGUGGCUCAACAGCCACACAUUUUAAUGAAAAAUUAGCAACUACAAAGGUGUCGGGCACAAAAUUUCGAUUGCAGCUCGUCGUGCGGCAGCAAUCCUCCGCGUGUUUGUUAUUCCGAGCCGGAGCCGUCAAAAUGGUGCAGAAAACGGACGUGUAUUCGGGAAAUGUGGUGGCCUUCAAACGCACUGUGCCAUCCUCCGAUUCGUGUCCCGUUGAAGAUGAUCCGCCAAUGUUCGGCGUGGCCACUGUUACCGUGAGCGUGGAUGGGCGAGACUGUUUUAGAGUUUUGUUUUUGUGGCAUUGCAGGAGACGACGGACACUGGCGACUACACCCUGAGCCGUACGACCGACACUGCCGGCAACACUCUAUGGAUCUACAACUUCACAUGCGCCUCCGACUCGUUUGUGUCGAUUCGAGGACUCAACACCGUCUGCAUCUCGGCCAGACUCUUUCCCGAUCCGUAUUGUAGGAUCAAGAUGGACGCGGACGUUUUGUGCGGCGCCGAUGGUGGCGUCGGAAUGUCCGGGCCGUAUAAUAGCGCCGAACAAACUGUUAUCAGUGGUACGUUUAUCGAUGCAUAUCGAUAAGACGCUCAAAUUUCAGCAAUUUUUACCGCAAAAGUGUCUGCGUUCAGUUCGAGUGUGAAGAAUUUGGGGUAUACUUGGUAUAACGCGUGGGUCGACGGCACGAGACAGGGACCGAAUGAGGGCAGAUACUCGAAUUACACGGCCACAGACAACACUCUGAACAACACGGACGGAUACAGUUGGUCGACGGGACAGGUUUUCUUGAAAGGCAGAGAUAUCUGUGUCUAUUUGGACAGUGCUAUAUUCAGUGCAAAGUUGGUUUGCAGAAGUUAUCGAUUAAUUUUCUAAUUUUUGUUUGUUUGCAGCUGUAACCUCACCCAACUAGUCUCUUCUUCGUGUUUCCGUGGCGCCAUCUGCAGGACGUUGCCGAUUCUCGAAUAA